AUGCCAGCGGGGGGGGGGCUGCUCUGUGGGGCCAGCGGCCUGGGGCUGCUCCUGGCUGCCACCGCCACCAGCUCCUGGCUGCAGCGCCGGGUGCCUGGUGGCACUGCCAGCAUCGGGUUGUGGAGCGUCUGCGGCGGGGGACACUGCGGCCCCCACCCUGGCACCCCCGCUCUAUGGGAGGCCACGCGGGUGCUGAUGCUGCUCUCGGUGCUCAUGGCCACUGCCGGCCUUGCCAUGGGGCUCUGUGCCAUGGCCGGCACUGCCUGGCGAGUGCGCGUCCGUGCAGCCGGUGCCACCCUGCUCCUGGCUGGUAUGUGGGGACAGGCAUGGGGGGGGCAUGGGGCUUUGGGGACCGUCCCCAAGGCAGCCACUGGGCUGCUGGCACUCCUGGGGCUGGGGCUGUACACGGCCGGCACCCCAAGGAUGCUGGGGCCGGCCCGAGCUGCCUGGCGCUUCUCCUGGUCCUACAUCCUGGGCUGGGUGGCUGCUGCCCUCAUCAGCUCUGCAGGGCUUUUCCACCUCUGUGCUGCCCACAAGGACCCUUCUCCAGAGAGCUCUGAAGAGGAGAGUGCCUGA